AUGCUCCAUCUCCAGCAAUUGCUUUGGCUUCUCCUGGCUUGGGCUCCCGCCUUACCUGGCAGACCCUCCUCCUCCUCAUCCUCUGCCCACCUGGAGGCAGCAGGGGACUCGGAGGAAACACGAGCCCGGGCCCUCAAGAGGCUGCUGGAAGUCUUCGGCAUCGGGGACCCCCCUCAGUCCCCCCAGCACAUCACCCGUCCUCCUCCCCAGUACAUGGUGGACCUCUACAACACGGUGGCCGAUGACGACGGAGUCACCAAGGAUCCGGACAUCUUGGAAGGCAAUACAGUGCGCAGCUUUUUGGACAAAACUCACGGUGACCGGAUGCGUUUCCUCUUCAUCCUGUCCAGCGUGGCAAAGAACGAGAGAGUCCUCACAGCCGAACUGCACCUCUUCAAGCUGCGGGCGAGGGCGGCCGGCGGACCUCUUCCCAGGAGGCAGCACUUCUGCCAGGUGAGCAUUUAUCAGGUGCUUGACAAAGACAGCAUGGAUGCCCCCGAAGGGAAGAAGCUGCUCUCUGCUAAACUCCUUGCCUUGCAGGGAACUGGCUGGGAGGUCUUUGCCAUCACGCAAGCGGUCCGCUCCUGGAUGGAUGAGGAGAGCAGUAAUCAGGGGCUGUUGGUGACUGUGCGGUCACUCGGUGGGGAACCCCUAGACGAUGGAGCUGUGCAGUUCGCGUCUGGCAGAGAUCACCACGAGAGCAAAAAGCCCAUGCUGGUUUUGUUCACCGACGACGGGCGUCGGGGAGCCCUAGUGGCUGGGGAGACCCAGCCAGAUGGGCGGAAUGCGGCCCUUCCUGGGCACCUGUCAGGCCCCAAAUCCAAUGGCACCCGGACCCCUCGCUCAGUGGACAACCUACUGCCUUGCCAGAGGCUCCCGCUCUCCGUGGACUUUGAGGAGAUCGGGUGGUCCGGCUGGAUCAUCUCUCCCCGGGGGUACAACGCCUACCACUGCAAGGGUUCCUGCCCCUUCCCGCUGGGGGAGAACAUGAGGCCCACCAACCACGCCACCGUCCUCUCCAUCAUCAACGCCCUGAAGCUGAGCCAGGAAGUCAGCGGCCCCUGCUGCGUGCCGGACAAGCUGUUCUCCAUCAACCUGCUGUAUUUCGACGACGACGAAAACGUGGUGCUGAAGCAGUACGACGACAUGGUGGCGGGGAGCUGCGGCUGCCACUGA